AUGGGAGAGAGGGAGGUGCCGACGGAGUUGGUGCGCCACAUCCUCUCUUUCCUCAAUGACGAUCCAGCCGUCUGGCCAGCCGGAGAGGAGCCCACCGGCGAGGUCCUGUACGCGUGGAGGCACACGUUCUCGGAGAACGAGGCGGAGGAGGAUGAGUGGUUCGAGUACUACACGCAGCUGGUGGCGAUCAGCCGCGCGGAUGCGGCCAUCAACCAGCCGCGCACCCGGCACACCAAGUACUACUCGGGCUGCCCCAAACGGGAGAAACUUGCAUCGGGCCAGGUGUGGACCCGCCAGCCCUGGGCCAAUGUCUUCGAGCGCUUCACCGCCCAUGGCUGCUCGUCGCUGAGCUCGGGACCGCUGGCAUCAAUGAUCCGGCUGCUGCUGUUGGCUUCGGAGAGCCCCGUGGCCCUCACCGACGCGCGGCGCGGCGGCCACCCCUUCGUGACGACCGACUACGUGGACCUCAAACUGUUCGUCACCAUCCGGGCCUCGGCCCAGGCCUGGCUUCCAUGGUCGCCUCCCGCCCAGCCUUUUUCGUCUCGCACCCUGUGCCUGCACCUCAGGGACGAAAUGCACCUGUGA